UUAGUGAGGAUAUAAUGAUGUUAUAUGUCGCUGUAUAUUUAUAAUGAUUUCAACAUUAACUUGGUUUGAUAUUUGAGUUUCGAUCCGUCGUUCAUGUUCGUUUCCAGUCGGACAAAUAAUAAUGUUACACCGGUUGUCUCGCAAACAUCCGUCGUAACUUCAGGAUUAUGAAAGCAUGACUGGUAACCACGUUAUAACUGCGCCAGCGACAUAAACGGACAGAUGGCCCCGGUUGCAUGGCUUAUUUAAGACCUCGGCUGGGACUGUCACGCAUCUUCCUCCCCGGUGUGUCCGCGGUCAGGCUCUUCUGUUCGGUCGGCAUGGACGACAUGGGUCUGGCUAUGAGUCGUUCCCCGCUGGAGCGGCUCGACUUUGACAACGUCGUGCUGAGAAAACUUCCCCUGGACACCUCCGAGGAGCCCGGGGUGCGGCAGGUGAAGGGAGCGUGUUUCUCCCUGGUGAAGCCGCAGCCGCUGGUCAAUCCCCGGUUCGUGGCUGUGUCCCAUGAAGCCCUGGCGCUGCUGGGGCUCAGCGGUGAGGAGGUCAUGGACGAUCCGCUCGGACCGGAGUAUCUCAGCGGAUCCAAAGUUAUGCCUGGAUCCGAGCCUGCUGCUCACUGCUACUGCGGACACCAGUUCGGACAGUUCGCCGGGCAGCUGGGCGACGGGGCGGCAUGCUACCUCGGGGAGGUGAAGGUGCCACCCGGCCACGAUCCCGAGCAGCUGCGGGAUAAUCCGAGCGGUCGGUGGGAGAUUCAGGUGAAAGGAGCCGGACUGACUCCUUAUUCCAGGCAAGCUGAUGGCCGUAAAGUCCUGCGCUCGAGUAUAAGAGAGUUCCUGUGCAGCGAGGUGAUGUUCUUCCUGGGUAUUCCCACCACCAGAGCAGGCUCCAUCGUGACCUCUGACAGCAAGGUCAUACGAGACGUGUACUACAGCGGGCAUCCUCGCCACGAGAGAUGCUCUGUGGUCCUCCGUAUCGCUCCCACCUUCCUCAGGUUUGGGUCUUUUGAGAUCUUCAAGCAGGCCGACGAGUUCACCGGCCGCCGCGGUCCCAGCUGUGGACGUGAUGAGAUCAGAGGACAGAUGAUGGAUUAUGUCAUUGAGAUGUUUUACCCCGAGAUCCAGCAGAAUUACCCUGAUAGGGUGGAGAGGAAUGUGGCUUUCUUCAGAGAGGUGAUGCUCCGUACGGCUCGACUCGUGGCUCAGUGGCAGUGUGUCGGUUUCUGCCAUGGAGUCCUGAACACAGACAACAUGAGCAUCCUGGGACUCACACUGGACUAUGGUCCAUAUGGCUUCAUGGACAGGUUUGAUCCAGACUUCAUUUGCAACGCCUCUGACAACUCUGGUCGAUACUCGUACCAGGCCCAGCCAGCUGUCUGCAGGUGGAACCUGGUGAAGCUGGCAGAGGCUCUCGCCCCAGAGCUGCCACCAGACCGCGCUGAAGCCGCCAUUGAUGAGUACAUGGCUCUGUAUAACGGCUUCUACCUAGAGAAUAUGAGGAAGAAGCUGGGCUUGUUGAAGAAGGCCGAGCCUGAGGACGAGAUCCUGAUCACUGAGUUGCUGCAGACCAUGCACAACACAGGUGCUGACUUCACCAACACCUUCCGCAGCUUGAGUCAGAUUUCCUGUCCCACUGAGGGAGAAGGUGAGGCAGGGGAGGACCUCAUCAAGAAAGCCACAGACCUUCUGCUGGAGCAGUGUGCCUCCUUAGAGGAGCUCAAGGCUGCCAACAAACUCACAAUGGAUCCCCGUGAGCUGGCGAUGCUCCUCUCCAUGGCUCAAAGCAAUCCAGCGCUGUUCCAGAUGAUCUCAGACAGGGCAACAAUUGCGAGGCAGUUAGACAGACUCAGCAAAUUGAAAGACCUGACGGAGACCAGCCAGGAGGAGCUGAAAACCAAACAUGCUGAGGAGUGGAGCCACUGGAUCACACGCUAUAGGAAGCGUCUGGCUCAGGAGCUGGAAGGCCAGAGUGAUGUGCAGGCCGUGCAGGAGGAGAGGGUGAGGGUGAUGGACGGCACUAACCCUCGUGUGAUACUCAGGAACUACAUUGCCCAGAAUGCAAUUGAGGCUGCUGAGAAUGGAGACUUCUCUGAGGUCCAGCGGGUCCUCAAAGUUCUGGAGAAGCCUUUCUCUUUGCAGCCAGGUCUUGAACUACCUGCGUGGGCGGGCAAAGGAGAGUCAGCUGAACGAGGGGAGAGGGACGAAGGAGAGGAACAGCAGCAAGAGGCUGCGUCUACAUCUACAGCCAGAAAUCCUGUCCCUUACGACAGCAAGCCUCCAUCCUGGGCACAUGAAAUCUGUGUCACAUGAUCUUCGUAAUAACUUCCUUGACUUUCCUGCCUAAAGUGUUAAGAGAGUUUAUUGGGUUUACCUUUUAUAUCACCCCCCUCUAUUCCAUUCACUGUGCAACUCUCUAAUACUUUGGCAGGCAGCGUCAGGGAAGCUAGAAUGAGGCACGACACCUCAUAGGUUACCUAGAUGAAUCAAAGCAGACAGGGGAAAACAUUCUUUUUCACAAUAUAUGAUAUGUGCCAGGAAAUAGCUUUGAAGUGAUUAUUUUAUUCCAUGACUUGACAUUUUUGCUUCAAACAGGAUGUUACAGCGUGCUUUUACAUCAGAAUUUACUGAAUAUGUGGAAUUUGAUAGACCAAGGGAUUGACAGAUCCAAAUAUCCACAGCAACAUUUUUAAGGUGGUAUUUUUGUGGAUGUCACUGAAUCCCAGAGGCAUUAAGUGAGGGGGAAAAAACAAGAAACAUUACCGUUAAAGAAAGACAUACAACAAAAGAUUGCAUUACAUCCAAAAGCAUUUUGGAAACUUUACAAAAAAGCCCCUCGGCUUGAUCCCUGUCUGCUUGGUGUUCACUUAUUAAUGACGACUCAGACAACAAGUCCUACAGUGGCCUGUCUGACUCUGACAAACUGUGAGGUGUCACCUCAACAUAUACCAAAUAAUGUGUGUGAGUGUGAGUGUGAGUGUGAGAGAGACAGUGAGAAAGCAGGAGGUGAUUUUGGCACAUAUAUGUGGGUGAAAGUGAAACUUGAUCUUUAAAGCCGCAGUAGACACAUGCACAACAUAUUGUCCUAGAAUAGAAAACAUUUUUUGCCGCUUGUCAGAGCACCGCUUUAAACAAACAUAACCAUUUUCUGUUAUCUAACAUGUGUCAGUGGGCACUGAGCUACAAUGAAGUCCAGAGUCAACAAAGUAAAAAUGAGAACCGCAUGUUAUAUUAUGGCUUUUUUAGUCAGGACCAUGCAAACUUAACAGGGGAAGCUCACUACACAUUGAGCCACAAAUGUGAUGCUAUCAGGUGUGAAUCUGUCAAAAGGGAAAAACAAACCUUCACCGCCAUUCAUGAAUCACAUCAGUCAUAACAUGCACUAUUUGAAUCAGUUGGUCUGACAAAUGAAUUCAAAAUAAACCAUUAAAGCUGGUUCCACAUAAAGGCAAGAAAUGGACUUAAAAUGAGAUUAUUUUAUUUUGAUAAAUAUGAUUUUUUUUUAGUUAAGCUAUUCUAUAAUUGUAGCCUUAACGUGUUCUAAUAAACUGAGCAACCUAUA